GGGAGGGACCGGGAGCUGCUAUAGGCGCUCGUGACGUCAGCAUCAAUCAGCGGUCCCUGGGCAGAGCUAGUAUUACCGAAAGGAGCGACAAUGGUGUUCAUCAAGGAGUAUCGUGUGGUUUUACCCUGUAGUGUUGAGGAGUAUCAAGUGGGACAGUUGUUCUCAGUGGCUGAAGCCAGUAAAAAUGAAACUGGCGGCGGUGAGGGUAUUGAGGUCCUGAAAAAUGAACCCUAUGAAAAAGAUGGCGAGAAAGGACAAUACACACACAAAAUCUACCACUUAAAGAGUAAAGUCCCAGGGUUUGUGAAGCUCCUCGCUCCUGAAGGUUCCCUGGUAUUUCAUGAAAAAGCCUGGAAUGCCUACCCCUACUGCAGAACCAUCGUGACGAAUGAGUAUAUGAAAGACAAUUUCUUCAUUAAGAUUGAGACAUGGCACAAACCAGACCUUGGAACUCAAGAAAAUGUCCACAAACUAGACAAUGCCACGUGGCAGAGUGUAAAUGUUGUGCCCAUUGACAUCGCAGACAGAAGUCAAGUGUCGGCUGCUGACUACAAGCCAGAUGAGGACCCCGCCAAAUUCAAGUCAGUCAAGACCGGCAGAGGACCCCUUGGGCCCAACUGGAAGAAGGAGUUGCUUACUAAGACUGACUGCCCAAGGAUGUGUGCCUACAAACUGGUCACAGUUAAGUUUAAGUGGUGGGGCCUGCAGACCAAAGUAGAGAACUUCAUUCAUGAGCAAGAGAAAAGGAUCUUCACCAACUUUCACCGCCAGCUCUUCUGCUGGAUUGAUAAAUGGGUGGAGCUGAGUAUGGACGACAUAAGGCGGAUGGAGGCAGAGACACAGAAGGAGCUGGAUGAGAUGCGUAAGAAAGGUUCUGUGCGAGGCACAAAGGCUGCAGAGGAGUAGCCAGGCCAGGUGUAGUUGAGUGUGGCUGUCUACGUAAACAGGGUGAUGUACGAGGAACCAGUGCUGCAGACGAAUGAAAAGUCCAAGGAUUUUAAACAACCAUGAUGACGGCAGCGACGGAGACUGCUAAGAGGGCUCUUUUGGUGCCACUUUUUACCUUAACUGAUUCAGGCUGUGGAGGAGGCGGCUCUGCUACCUGCAAUCAAUAGAGCAGAUCCCUGACUUGCACCCAAUCAUAGACAUUCUAUCCACUGAGGAAUUGAUUUCUAGAAACCAAACACGAUCCUAGAUGAUAAGACUCUGGAUAAUUUUGAUCUCCUCGGCAAAGAAAGGCCAGUUAUCAGCAUCAUAUUAUUGACAAUACCAAGCCGUCUGCUUAGAUGAAGAGCGCUGACUUGCAAUAGACAUGUGUAAUGAAUAGAUGAAUUGGCUUGAUUCCACAGGGGCAGAUGUUGGACCAAUUAUUUACUAUAUUGUUUUGGCCAUUUUUGAUUUUUAAAUUUUUUUUUCCCUGUUCGGUUUAUCUCCAAAACAUUCCAGUUAAAAUGAUGCCAUCUCUGACCUGUCUUUGCCUUCUCCUUGUUCUUAACUGUACACACUGUGGCUCAGUGGUUUGCAUUCCCCAGCAUGAGUGUUUCUGUCAUACUCAUGUUCCUUCCUGCCACAGCCUCCAUUAAGAGAUUACUAACACCGUUGGCGCCUUGGCCCAUUGUAAUCCUUCCCCCAUCACCCCACCUUACCCAAAGCACUGCAUCUUAUUAACACUGACAGUCAUGCCUGGACAGGUAUUCACUCUCACUUAGCUUUAAUAGACACCCCCCCCCCCCCCCCGUCAAACACAUACACACACCAACCAUAUGACACAUAUACAUCCCACACGUAAGGAUGAAUUCAUUCUCGCACAUACUCACAGGUGUGGAUGCCUUUGUGGUGACUGAUCUCUUAAAAGCUCAAGCUGGGCAGAUCCAUGCAAGCUUAUUCGGGUAAGGAUGUUACUUUGAAAGUGUUUACAGCUCUCGCACAUCACCCUCCACCCCACCCUACCCUACCCCCAACUGCACUCCUUAUUUUAGAGACAUUCACACUUAGCAUUUGCCACAGAGCUCACCUCCCUAACAGAUGUCCCCAGAGAAAAACUGCACUGAAAAACAGCCACAGAUGGUGCUACACCCCUCCAGCCUCUGUCACAAGCCAAACUUCACAGCACUGCUCUCCCCACCUCACCCAGCCCACCCCCAGAGGCCCGUCUUACUCAUCUGGCUCUCUGAUGGUGUAUGUUCUCCCAUUGGUGAGGCUUGUUGACCAGAGCCGACAGGUAGACUACUCCGUUUCGCCUAGGUGUGUUUACAGAUUUGUUACAGCCUUACCAAUGCCCAGCUGACACCAGCACCACACACUGCUUGCCUUAAUCUCUUGACCUUUGUACCUUCUGGACCUAUUAUAGCUAUUUUACCUCUGCUGCCUGCUAUUGCUCUAGCUACCUCCCUUUUUUUUCCUGGCAAUUUACUGCACACCUAAAUGUUGGCACUAGCUAUCAGCUGCUACCUGUUAGGAGAAAAUCAUGGCAGAGCUUUAUGAGCAAACUUGUUGACGAUGACUCUUUAUUUUUGUGAGGGUACAAUAUUAUGCUCUUUACAUUUCCUGAUGUGUCACAGCUCCUGAGCAAGUGCAAUUGUUUCACCAAGGAAACAUUUCUUAGCUGCAGCUGAACAGCUAGCGUACUGUUGUAGCUGUGUAGGACUUCAGAUUUCUAUCUGUGCCUCAGACCGGCUGCCUGAUGGAUAUGCCAUAUUAAUGACUCAUGACUUGUCUACUCCAUAGUGCACUUUCUCUCCUUAGGCUUCAAAAUCAUGUGUCACUGGCCAACAGUGUUGAUAACUAGUGUUACAGUGUAUACAGUACAAGUGGUUUCCACCAUUAACGCUUACUUGUGAUGUUCAAGUUUUGUGUGUUUUCUGUUAUGACAUUGUCUGAAGUUCUGCAACAGGAACAGCGCUUUUGUUUUUAAGAGAGCAAUUUUCCUUUCAAUACUAAUGUAAUCAAAUUCUCUUGGUUUAAAAGGUUCUUUUUUUUUUUUUUUUUUUUUUUUUUUAAUUUUCCAGUAAAUCUUAUGAGGGAAUGUCAUUACUUCCUCAGCUAUGGGUUAUUGGCUUGUCCAAAGAGUGUGAAUGGAUUUCAGAUGUUACAUGUUUACGUGUAUUCAGCUCUUGUAGGCUGGUAACAUAGGAAAUUGUGGAGGACACUGUCUAAGACAACAUUUUAAUAACACACAGUAUACUCAGGUGAACAAAAUGAUCAUUUUGAUAUUGUUGUCCAUUAAUUGCCUCAGACAUAUAACUAACUAUACCCUUUCUAUGGUCAACAUGGUAACAGUUUGAACAUGAUGGGAAGCACUUACAAGAGAGCCUGUUCUGUUUUAUUGCUGUAAAUGAAGUCAUAUGAGCUUUGUCAUUGUUUUGGGAUAAUAUACUCACAAAACAAUGUUAAACAGUUGAUCUGAAGCGCAGACGCUGUUUAGUCACUUUUCCAACUUUAAUUGCAAUCUCAUCAUGUUGACUUCUUAUAAACAUUUGAAUAUAUUUUCAGAGAACAAGGAUUUUUUUUCCACCCCUUCAUUCACAUUUUAAGUGCAUUUUGAAUGGAUCUUUGUGCAGUGUGACCAGGAAAAAAAAAAAAAACGGAAAACAAAACUUUUUCAAGAGUUGUACAGGGAACCCAACUAUUGUUCUAAGUGACCCCCCACCCUGUAUUGAUUCCUGUUUGUCAGGACAGCGAUAAGAAAAAGGAAGUUUUCACCAAGCAACUGUAAAGUCUUAUCUUAAUUUAUGAAAUCUACAACUGUUAAAUUUCUGAACUGCUUGCUUUUAAAUGUUUCUGAUCAGCUUUUGUAAUUCAGGGGAUAUGGUAAUGAAUGUAUGAUAUUUUGUGCCUCUUCUUUCUGUAGAUCUCUUGUGUGCCAUUAAGUCUACAUAUUGUAUCUACGUAUCAAAUAAAUUUCACUUUGAAAAUUUCA